UGAUUGAAGACGAGGUACGCCAGUUGUGUUUCGACGCUGCUUCGAGUUGAACCAGUUACUGUUCCAUAUUUUCUGUAAAAUGUGUCGUUAGUUUUAAUACGAAGGCACUUACUUUUUUAAAUAAAUUUCUUAUCGGAUUAUCGUUAUUCGUCGAUACAUAUAAAAUAGCGAGUUGUUUAAUGCUCAAUUUAAUUCUUCUCAAAGUAAAGAGUGCUAUUGGAUUGUAGUUUUUGAUACUUCAAAGUUUCUUAUGAUUCCAGUGCUUACUUUCAAUGUUAAAAUAUAGUCAAUGAUUGUAAAAUAAGACGUUGAAAAGUGUCUUUAGUCUUUACAGAUUGUCGUCGAAGCUUGGUUGUCUCAAAAUUGAACAAUGACGAAACAAUCUGUUUUUUCUUCUUCUUCAAUUUAUGAUGGCAGACUUUUACCUCAUAAUUUAUGAAACCAAUUAUUAUUGAGUAUCUAGUCGAUACUCAAAGUAUAAAGAUCAGAAUCUGUAUGGAUGUUCGAAUAUUUUCGUGUCCCACUAAAGGUGUUUCGUAGAAGUAGAAUGUCAUCUUAAUAAUAAAGAGAUCAACGGAACAGUUGACUCAUUGCAGUACGGCGACGUUGGAGGAAAUCCUGGAUAAUUCGGACGGAGUAACGACACGAACUGUCUCCGAGAAGAUCAUGAGUAUCUGUAAAAAUACUAUACGUUGGGUGCUCUUUCUGGAUAUAUUACUUGCUUUAUCAGUCAUUGUAUUUCUAGCAGUAUUGGAAUUUGGGACAGUUCCGCAACAACAUAUCGGUUUUUACUGUAAUGAUCCAAAAAUUUCAUUCAAGUUCAUGGGAGAUACGAUUUCUAUUACAUUUUUGAUUCUUGGAUGUCUGUUAAUACCGAUCGUCGUGAUGUGGCUGUCUGAAUUCGUAUGCUACUCUGCAGAUAGCUAUGAUACAGAAUUAGGAUGCGCUGGUUCAAGAGCAAAACAAAUAUGGUUGUGGUAUGGUCACUAUUCGAUCGGAAUAAUUGCCUUAACGUUUAUAUGUGAUGUUAUGAAAACUCUGGUGGGCGAACCAAGACCACACUUUUUGGAUACGUGUAAACCACGAGAGGCAGAGAAUUGCACCAAUGAAUAUGUGGAAAAAUAUACGUGUACAAAUACAGAACAUUCAGAAUGGUUUGUCUCGGAUUCUAGCAAAUCAUUCCCAUCUGGCCAUUCUGCCCUCUCUAUGUUCACAACUACUUUUAUUGUGUGGUACUUACAACGCCGUUUACCAGAUCGGACGUUUUUCCUAAAACCGUGGUUACAAUGUAUAAUAUUUUUGUGGACUGUGAUAUGCUCAUUAACAAGGAUCGGUGACAAUAGACAUCAUUGGUGGGAUGUACUUGCAGGCAUCAUUUUGGGUUUCGCUUUUAGCAUGUUAACUGUUAUAGUGCCAUGCCGUAAGUUUCAUUUAAAUCGUCAUCAAAACGUCUCACAAAUAUAUAGUGAGCCUGUAGAAAGUGAACAAAUUAAUUUCAACAAGAGAAAACAAAACACCAAGAAACUUUUACAUGAAACAAUAAUUGAUCCUUCGGAAAGUCGUGAAUUAAAGAAUAUUAAAUCAUCAACCUGGAGGGAAUAAAACUUAACACAUCAAAAUAUUUGAUAAGAGAAGAUUUAAAGAGGAAUUAUAAAUGUUUUGUUGUAUAAAUGUUCAAAAUUUCUAGUAGAAUUUAGUAGAAACGCUUUAUACAAAGUGUUUGAUAUGACAUGCCUAUUAUAUUUAAAAAAUUUAGUUCUUCAUGUGAUUGAUAAUAUAUUCAUAAAAUAAGACGAAAGGCUUAUAUUUUAUAGUUUAUGUUGACAAAUAUUUUCUUGUAGGUAUUUAACCAAUGUAUAUAAUUACUAUAAUUUAGUAGUGAUAUUAUAUUUACGAUCUGCGUUUAUCAAAAUAAUUUUUAAAAAGCUAAACCGUAACGUCAAAUGUUUAUUAAUUGAACUGCAUUAAUCGGACAUAUCUAAUUGUACAUGUGUGAUUUUAGUUAAUUAUUCAUCAUGCUCAUAUUUAUAAUAUUAGACGGUAAAAAAUGAUAAUGAAUUCUGUUUACUUGUUUAGAGGCGGAAAAUAUCUUGUUUGAAAGUAGGAAAUUGAUUUUCCACUGUUUGAUGAUACUAUUAGUUAAUAACUAUGUCAAAUAGAAUAGCAGAGCUGGAAAGAUGAUUAACGGAACGGAUAACGAGUAAGGGAAGGGCAAGGAAAGUACAUAGGUACAUACUUACAUAGUGCUUUCUAUCACUCACACGCAAUCCUAUAUGGUUUUAUUUGUAUUUGGGAUAUUUUCGGUCAAUAUGCUUGCUUAUUUUUAUAACUGUGUCGGGUCUAUCAGAAAUAAUCAAUCAGACCCACAUUCUUUUAUCUAGCCAUCUUUCGGCUCUGUAUUGUACACCUCACUGAUUUCGAUGGUCUUGAAAUAUGCUGUCAUGGUUAACGUCCUAAUUAUAAGUACAUAUAUGUAUAACUGUUUCUUAUACCGUAUAUAACCGUCGGUCAACUUUUGUAGUUUCCGAGUUAUGUGUAAAAAAUCUCAGCUAAAUUUAAGUUAAGAUUAUAUUACAUUCUGGCGUAAGCACUAUAUUUUUUAUAUAAGUCAAUCUACACUUAAUUCAUUGAUGAUAAUGAUUUUGAAUAUAAACAAAAAAAAUUCAAAGGUUGAAUUAAAUUGAUAUCCAAUCACCACUAACAAUAAGAUGAAAUAAUAUCUGAUGAAUUGUAUAUGAAAUGCUACAUUUUAUUUUAAUUUUCAGUUAGUUAAAAAUGUAGUAAUUCUAGCAGUUAUUAUUGAAAAAUUGUUUACAAAAUACAGCAUUUGUGAAUUAAUUUAUUGCUUAACAUACUAUUAAAUAUAUUGUUGUAUAUUUUGAGAAAUGAAGUCGAUCGAUUGGUAUAUGUAUAGGAAAAUGCUACUAAGAAACAACAUAUUUGAAGGUCAUCGAAAUUAACGAGAUAUACUCUAUUUUACACAAUUAC